CGCGCAGGUUCCCCGGUGCACCGGAGGAAAACCGACCGGGCCGAGCGGAGAAAGGCUGACCUUGCUCCGCCGCCGCUGCCGCGAUGCCGUGGCUGUGGGUGGCCUUGCUGGCGGCGCUCGCCUUCUUCGCGCUCCUGGACGGCUGGUACCUGGUGCGCGUGCCGCUGGCCGUGCUGCGCGCGCGCCUGCUGCAGCCGCGCGUCCGCGACUUGCUGGCCGAGCAGCGCACCGGGGGCCGCGUGCUGCCCUCGGACUUGGACCUGCUGCUGCACAUGAACAACGCGCGCUACCUGCGCGAGGCCGACGUGGCGCGCGUCGUGCAUUUGACCCGCUGCGGAGUGCUGGGCGCACUGCGAGAGCUGGGAGCCAACACGGUGCUGGCCGCCUCGUGCGCGCGCUACCGCCGCUCGCUGCACCUCUUCGAGCCCUUUGAGAUGCGCACCCGCCUCCUGGGCUGGGACCACCGAGCCUUCUAUCUGGAGGCCCGCUUCGUGAGCCUGCGCGACGGCUUCGUGUGCGCGCUGCUGCGCUUCCAGCAGCACAUAGUGGGCACCUCGCCGGAGCGCAUCGUGGAGCACUUGUGCAAGCGCAGGGUGGAGCCUCCAGAACGGCCCGAGGACCUGCAGCACUGGAUCGCCUACAAUGCGGCCAGCAGCCAGCUGCUUCGCGCCGAGAGCGGCCUCAGCUGCGCCCCCAAGGACCAGUGACUGGCACCGCCCCGCCUUGCCCUCUGCGAAGGCUGGGCUGCACUGGAUCUGCCCCGGCUGAAGGGGCCUCGAGGCCCACCUUGGCCCCUCACCCGCUCAGCUCCUCAGUUCCAGCUCUCUGGGCAGGGGUGGUGAGGGCAUUGUCCCUGGUGCGGGGACUGCAGGAGCCCUGGGCGGAGUCCACAGCCAGGCCACACUCCUGUGGGCUUGGUGCCCAGUGCCCGGGUCCCUGCCAGAACGGCCUGUGCCAUGCCCAGGGUCAAACUGUGGCCUGGAUACUCCACCUUGAUGGCAACCCCUGGGGCAGGUGAGAGCAGCUGGCCCCAGGGAGGUCAGCUAGGGCCCAGGUUAGGUGGGGGCGCAGGUGGUGGUCGGGGCUGUGUAGCGGGGAAGGGUCCUAGAAGAGGCAGGGGGUGGGCCCGUGCCCGUCGCUCAGGCCCUGUCCUGCCCUGCACUGGACCAGGACGCUUCCACGGCCUGGGACCCACAAGCCAGGCCAGCUGUGGGGCUCGGCCCGGCCUGGCCCACAUGUCGCUCUCCUGGCUU